CUUCAGUAUGCUCUGGUGCUUGGUACGUUUCCUAUUCCAUCACUAAUGUCAUUUAAUGUAAAACACUACAUUACCUAAAUUACAUUACAUUGCUCUGACCAACUGUAUUUUUGUGGUGCCUGAUACAGUUACUGUAUUUGUCAUAAUUGUGUAACUUUAUUUAUUUUAUUUCACCUUUAUUUAACCUUUAUUUAACAAUUUUGCUUUCUUUUUUUCUCAGUUUUGUGUGGUCACAUUUCUAAUCUUGUUACAUUUUAGUGCAGACCUGUUGCAUUGCACUGUUUUCUUUUCCUUGUUUAUUUAUCUGUUUUCUUGUUUGUUUAUUGCCUGCUGUAGUCAGCAGCAUCCUGGCUCACAGGUGAAUGAAACCUCUUAUUGUUGUUGUUCAUAACUAUGACUCAUAGUGGUGAUAGAAAUAAUGUCAAGCAAUUGUGUGCUGUGGUUGAUUUAGACAUUAUCUUACCUGCAGAGACUGAUGUGGAUGAGGGACACGGACACGACUGGGACAUCUUUGACAUCAAUAAAGAGGCAGGAUUGGACCUGCUGGAGGGUGAUAUUGUAAUAGAUUAGACUGACAGCAGAAACACUAUCCUAGGGGAGCAGUAUCGCUGGCCUCAGACGGUACCCUACUAUCUGAAGGACAGCCUGGACAUAAAUGCUAAGGGGGUGAUUCUGAAGGCCUUCGAGCAGUACAGACUGAAGACCUGCAUCAACUUUGUGCCAUGGAAGGGAGAGGAGAACUAUAUAUCUGUGUUCAAAGGCAACGGGUGCUACUCCUCAGUAGGUAACAGGCAGGUGGGGAAGCAGAAGUUGUCUAUUGGUCGUAACUGUGACCGUCUGGCAACGGUUGAGCAUGAGUUUCUGCAUGCUCUGGGUUUCUGGCACGAGCAGUCCAGAGCUGACCGCGAUGACUAUGUCAACAUCAUGUGGGACCGCAUCGAAGAAGGAAAAGACCAUAACUUCCUGAUCCACGGCGAGUCAGUGUCGAGUGCUCUGAACGUGCCCUAUGACUACGGCUCUGUGAUGCACUACAGUAAAACAGCCUUCAACAUCGGGUCAGAGCCCUCCAUCAUUACUAAGAUACCGAGCUUCAUGGACGUGAUUGGUCAACGCAUGGAGUUCAGCGACAGUGACCUGCUGAAGCUCAACAGGCUCUACAACUGCACAACUUCCUCAACAUUCCUGGACUCAUGCAGCUUUGAGAAGGAGAAUAUCUGUGGGAUGAUCCAGGGUCCUGUUGGGAUAUAGUGGGAACACAGACACAGUGUGGCUGGGGGACCCAACACCGACUACACCAACAUGGGCCAGUGUGAUGGAAAAGGUUAUUUCAUGCACUUCAGUACGGUUAAUGGUAACCAUGGUGACCAGGCCCACCUGGAGAGUCGUCUCUUCUACCCCAAGAGAGGUUCCCAGUGCUUGCAGUUCUACCUCCACAACAGCGGGGGCGCUGAUGAUCAACUGAACGUGUGGGUGCGGGAGUAUGACAAAGCCAACCCCAAAGGAAAACUGAGGCUCAUCCAGAAAAUUGAUAUCACAGGUGGCAUCAGAGACUCCUGGGAGCUGUACCAUGUGACCCUGGAUGUGAAGAUGAAGUUCCGGGUUAAGUUUGAAGGCUUGAAGGGCAGAGGAGCAUCCACCGGAGGGCUCUCAUUGGAUGACAUCAACCUAUCAGAGACGACCUGCCCGCAGCACAUCUGGCGCAUCCGUGACUUCACCAGGCUCUUAGAAACCACACCGACAGGUGUGAACAUCUACAGCCCACGCUUCCUGUCCCCCAGUGGCUACUCCUUCAUGGUGAGCGUGUACAUCAACGGCCGCAGCAGGCCAGGUAGCAUGGCCAUCUACUUCCACCUAACCUCCAGCCCUAAAGACGACUCCCUCACCUGGCCCUGACCAUGGCAUCAGGCCACCAUGGCCCUGAUGGACCAGAACCCAGACAUCAGACAGAGAAUGUCCAACCACCGCAUGAUCACCAACCCCAACAAGCUGUCCUCAGAUGGCAAUGAUUUCUACUGGGACAACCCCCGUAAGGUGGGCAGUCUGGUGACCGGUUCUGACGGCAGCCAGUUCUACCGCGGGCCCGGUACCAGCAGCUACCUCGCCCACAGCAGGCUGAAGAGCAGGAACUUCAAAGGAGACGACGCCAUCUUCCUCCUCGGUCUAGAAGAUGUGUCUGCACUGCUGGAGACCCAGCCCCUUCCUCGUUCUGCUGUCCAUCAGUCUAAGAAGAGUGCCAUAGUAUCACCCAGCCAGGAGACCACCAACACGUCCACAGUGGUGAUGGCUGUGUCCAUGAGCUUGGCGGCGGUCAUGUUCGUUGUUGCCAUGGUGAGCGUGGUGUACGCCAGGAGAUCGAGGAGACCGGAGAGUGACGUGAUCCUUGUGGAGAACAGGGACAUCUAGUACUGUGAGUGACAACCAACCUAAAAUGGCUUCUUCACUUUUCCAUUGGCAGACUGAAGUGCUACUGAAGAAACUUCACUGAAACUAGAAUAAAGUCUAACAAACACUUGAUUGUCUGAUGAGAAUCAAUAUAUGGAAAAUGUUAGCUAUAAAUGUGUGAGACUUAAGGAACAUCUUUACAGGAAUAUCUGACAAUGACCUUCCAUCGCUUCAUAAGAAACCGUGACCAACAAUGUAAAAUACAUUGUAAGUGAAAUGAAUCCAUUUCAUGUAAAAAAAAUAAAAAUAACUAUAGA